UCGACGUAGGCUCAGAGACGGUGUCAGUCUUCAACUCGCAGCGCGUUCGGAUGGUCGAGGUUUAGACCCGCGGUUUGGAUCAGUAGCUAUAGUGGAAAUUAGUUGAAAUCGUCGCGGAUCGCGACAAGUGGGACAGAGUGAGACGGGAAACGUCGCGCGAGCGGAGAAAAUUCGUCCGCCCUGCCUGCAGUGUGCCACAGUACUACCCGGGAAAGGGUGCCAGUGAGGGAGAGAGAGAGAGAGAGAGAGAGCUAGAAAGCCUGGCCAGUGUGUAACCACCACGAGAUAUAACGGGUCCGAAGGAAUUUUCGAAUCUUGGAAUCAAACUAAAAAACAGUGCGGGGUGUCAAGUGUGUGUUUGGUGAUCUCGUGCAGUGCUGUGGGUUAUCGAUCGGGUUCGUGAUCUGUGUGUGGAUCAGGUGUGGAGCCGGAUUUCUGAGGCUGCUGUGCGGUGCAAUCUAAUGUGCAUCGCGUCUGCUUGGUCAUCACUACCACUGCAAUGCCCACAAGAUGGUUACUACUGUUCCUGGCCACGGCCGCUGCCAUAGGCACCUACGUGCACGCUUGGCGACCAUGUCCGGAGUUGGAUGCCGCCAUCAAACUACCCUGCCGAUGCAACAUCGAAGCAGUUGGAAACAAUAGCCAGUAUGGAUUCAUCGCCGUGGACUGCGAACGAACUGCACUAACGGGUGGCUUCCCGGCCGGCCUGCCGGUCAUUUCUCUCUCGCACAAAAGCAGUGGACUCUCCGCUAUUCCGGACCUCUCGAUGCUGAAUGCUGCCAUUAGGCGACUAGACUUUUCGAACAAUGCUAUACGAUCACUUCCGGAUAAGGCUUUCUCCGGUGUUGGGGAACACAUCACCGAAUUGCGUUUGGCCAACAACCUGCUCGGAGAUAACCUGAACCCGAUCUUUUCGACCACGGAGUUGCAAACCCUGAAGAACGUCAAGCUCCUGGACCUGUCCCGAAACCAGCUGAUGGCCUUGGACGAAGGAAUCUUCGUGGGUUGCCGCAAGCUGCAGGACAUUCAACUGGACGGCAACAAGCUGUCCGAUGUUCCGGCCACGUCCUUCAAGGAUCUUCCGGCGCUGAGGUUGAUCUCCCUGCGCAACAAUCUGAUCGAGAACGUUUCGGCUGAAUCCUUCGAGUUCUCGAACAAACUGGAACGGAUCGACCUGCGGUACAAUCGAAUUCAUACACUAAAACCCAAUGCCUUCCAAAGCCUACCUUCGAUGAAAGAGCUGCUUCUCGCAGGGAAUUUGAUCAGCGUAGUGGAUGAACGUGCCUUCAUGGGAGCUGACUCGAUCCAAAAACUGGAUCUCUCCGAUAACCUGAUCGGAGAGUUCCCGACGGCUGCUUUGAACUCGAUCGAGUCGCUCAAAGUUCUGAAUCUUUCUCUGAACAACAUCGACAAGCUGGAAUCGAAGCACUUGCAGCAGCUGAAGAACCUUCAAAUCUUGGACAUUAGUCGCAAUGUGAUCGCGUCGGUUUUACCUGGGACGUUCCGGGAGCAAACUUUGCUGAAAUACUUGGAUCUCAGUCUCAACUCGCUACGAACAAUUGAGGACGAUGCUUUCGAAGGUCUAGACAACCUCCAGACAUUGAUCUUGAGGGACAAUAACAUCUUGCUGAUCCCAGGAAGCGCCUUAGGCAGACUUCCCCGUUUGUCGAAUCUUUAUUUGGACUUCAACCGAGUGGCUGCCCUGUCCUCAAGCAUCCUGAAGUCGAUCCAACCGGAGAACAUUCGAUAUCUGUCACUCUCUCGUAACGUCAUCCGAGAGCUCCCAGCCAACAGCUUCACCUCGUUCAGGAAGCUUAUCUACCUGGAUAUUUCCGGCAACAGUCUGGGAGUGAUCAACGAAGACACCUUCGCUGGAUUGGACAACACGCUGAUGGAGAUCAAGAUGUCGUACAACAAAAUCUCAACCUUCCGGAAGAUCGUUCUGCCCAAACUACGCCGCCUGGACAUCAGUGCCAACAGCAUCGACGAUCUGGCGGUUGACGCCUUCCAUGGACUGAGCAACCUCCUGUAUCUGAACAUGAGUGGAAACGAGCACGUAACCCAGGUUACUCGCACCAUGAUCUACCCGCUGAACAAACUUCAGGUGAUCGACAUGAGCAACUGCGGUUUGAAGGGUGUGCAAUCGGAUCUAUUCCACAACAAUACCGAGUUGAGGAUCGUUCUCUUGAGUCACAACCACCUGAAAUCCGUUGACGAGAACACCUUCCUGGCUCUGAACAGCUUGUUCAAUGUUGACCUCUCGCAUAAUGAAAUCGCCACGAUAAAACCUCGAUCAUUUAUCAACACCGUCAAUCUGAGAACCCUGAACCUCCGCGGAAACAGCCUAAAGGAAUUCAAGGCCGACAUUUUCAACAGCGAAACAGCGAUGGAAACCCUUGAUCUCUCCGAGAACGAAAUCACCGCCUUCGCCUCGAACACCUUCCGGAUUCACCCACGGCUACGGAAGAUCGUCCUCGCCCACAACAACAUCCAGCGGUUUGCUCCCGAGCUGACCAACACCCUGGACUUCCUCGAGGUGAUCGACCUCAGCGGAAAUCAACUGAUCACCAUCGAUCAGCUGGACUUUGCCCGGUAUAUGAACCUGCGAGAGUUGUACUUUGCCGAUAACCACAUCGAGUUGGUCAACGAUAUGGCGUUCCACAACUCGACGCAGCUGCAGAUUAUCGACUUGAGCCAGAACAGGCUGGAUCGACUGACGGAGCGGAUCUUCGAGGGUUUGACGCGCUUGGAGCGGUUGGAUAUGAGUCACAAUCCGCUGCAGGAGCUUCCGGAGGGAUUGUUCGACAAGAGCCGGAUCCAGAAGGUGGAAAACUUAAUUUUGAAGAACAAUUCGUUUAAGUCGAUUCCGUUCAAUGCGCUGAAGGAUCAGUACGACAGCCUGUACACGCUGGACAUGAGCAGCAAUCAGUUGAAGGAUAUCCCGUCGACGAACACCUACAUGGUGAUGGUGAACAUCAAGCACAUCGACUUUUCGUUCAACGCGCUGUCCGAGCAGGCCAUCAAAAUGCUGCUGGAGCAACCGAAAACCGCUAGGAAGAUCAACUUGGCGGGAACGGGAAUCGAGCGACUGCCAAUCUUGGAAACUCCGUAUUUGCAGAUGUUGAACUUGUCCAUGAACAACAUCAGCGCGGUGGGCGACCGUGUGUUCGAGAAAACUACUUUGCUGGAAGUGCUGGACCUUUCGUCGAAUAGCUUGGAGAAUAUUGAUGCCAUGAAGCAGGUUUGGCCUAAAUUGGGUUUGUUGAGCUACUUGGAUCUUUCGAGGAAUCCGAUCAAGAUGAUCAUGGCGCAUGCGUUCGAUUCACUUGAAGCGCUGAAGGUUUUGAAGAUCCGCGAUCUUGGAGAGAUCUCCCGGUUGGAGAAGAAUGCUUUCAAGCCGUUGAACAGCUUGGCGGUGCUGGAGGCCUUCAAUUUCGCCAAACUAGGGUACAUUGAUGUUCAAGGAAUCCUGCAAGAGCUUCCGUCACUUGCUUCGAUCGAUAUUGAAGUGAAGGAUUCGGUUUUGGAGUCGGAUCAGCUCCAAGUUAUCGAUCACCCCAAGUUGAACCAUUUGGGACUUUAUGGAAAGAUGUUGCAAAGCCUAUCUUCUGGAAGCUUCGCUGGGCUCAGGAACAAGUUCUUGAGUGUCAGUUUGAAAAACACUUCGGUAACGUCACUGCCGCCAGCUCUGUUGUUCCCGCUGCCGCGAUCUUCGCACAUUGAUUUGGAUAUUUCUGGGUCGAAGAUCACAACGUUGAAUCAACCUUUCUUGAGUUCUAUGGACGAUCGCAAGAAUAGCUUGACGAUCACCGGUCUGGACGCAAAUCCGGUGCAAUGUGACUGCCAAGCUCGAGCUUUCCGAAGAUGGAUCAUGGCUGCCAAGAUCGCCGGAGUCAAGUGUGCUGCACCAGAAGGAGUUCGAGGACGACUGUUGAUCGAAGUGGGUGAUAAUGAAUUAGUCUGCGAGUCGAAGAAGCCUACAACGACGACAACAACCAGAACUUCAACGAUCUCGUUCACCAACUACACGUCUGGAUAUACUCAGGUUAUUACUAAGGUGACUCCAACGACUGAACAGGACAUCAUUUGGAGCGUUGCGCCAACAGCCAAGACCAAGGCCAAGACAAAGAUGCCACCGAUGAAGCCACCGAUGCCGAUCACUAACGAUGAUAUGCUGAUCAUUGGAAUUGUCGGUGGAGUGAUCGCUUUCAUCUUCCUGCUGGUGGUGAUCAUAUGUAUCUGCAGAGUAAGGAUGAACAACGACACCUAUCGGGGUCCUCCGAUAGGAAUGUCAACCAUGCAUCCUAACGGCAUGCAAGUGAACUACAAGAGCGGCAAAGGAACUCCGAUCUACCCGAUGGUUGCUCCCUAUGGACAGAAUUACGCCACGUUGCCCUACAAGCAAAGCUCAUCUCCGGAAGGACAGCCUCGACCCAACUAUUCGACGAUUGGACGAAUUCCCUAUCAAUACCAAAACCAGCACAUGAUGCCACCACCUUCGCAACUUUCAGCAGCGUCUAUGCACUCGGUACACUCAGGCCAGAACCCCUACAUGGCCUACCAGGACGACAAAGCCUAUCGAUAGUCUCCGUUUCACCCCAGAAUCCCCCAACUCCUCAAGAUUGAGAUUUUUCUUUUAGCCCUUAAUUUAUUUAUAACUGCUAAGUACAAUGUUCUGUAUUUUUAAAGCCCUAAUCGUAGAACAAGAAGAAACUGCCAAUCUCUUGUCACUCUGUCUGGGAAAUCUUCUGACCUGCAGGAUAUUAAGGAGUGUGACAGGAAGUCAUUACUUAGAAAAAAAAAACACGAAAAUGCUCAAAUCUAUGAUAACACUAAGUCGAGAACCUCCAUAGCCCCGUUUGCCGCGACGGAACAGUCUUCGUCGGAACUUGGCAAACGGGGUGUUUGUUGUUAAAUAGCUCCGUAGAAGAUGAACCUCAGAUCACAGCUGAUGUUUUUGUGUGGUGCUGAUACGAAUGCUACGUUGUCUCACACUAAAACACCUUGUUUCUGUAUGCAACUUUUUCGUUCGUAAAUGAAACAAAAACCAGUGAAUAAAUGUGCCCUCUAGGAAAAAUA